GGAUAAACAGCUCCCAGGGUCCCCCAAGUCGAGAGGUGGUCAAAGGAAGGUGGAGAGCGGCCAGCCUGGAAGGAGACCUCACGCCUAAAGCACAAGCAAGGGGCAGUGAGUGAUCAGAACGCUGUUGGGGAUGGAGAGGGCAGGUGUCUGUCUUUCCCGGGAAGAGCUCUGUCUGAGCCACACGGAAGGCUGUCUACUCCUUGGAGUCACAAAGCUCUAAGGGCUUGUGGAUGACUGGUCAAGCUUUACGUCCAAGCCAGGAAAAGUUCCGCUGACCAACAACUACAGCCAGGGGCUGUGUCCAUGCAUCAUGAAUUCAUUUCCAAAAAGAACCCUUGGGGUCAAUCUCAGUUACAGGAAGGUUCUAGAGACAUCUGAGGGUCCCUUCCACCCCUGUGGACCCAGAGCUGGUUCACGGGAUGCAGCUUGGGACCGAUCUGUCUCAGGAGAUCGGGCUCUCACAAAGCCAAAGCUUCAAUCACCCACAAGUGGCCCCUCCAGAGGCCUCAGCCAAGCAGAUCAGGGGCCCCCGGUCUGAGAGAGCCCUUCAGGGCCAUGCAGGCAGCAACCUGGGCUCCUCAGCCAAAACCACCACCCUUGUCACUGGAGAAAGGCGGGCCACUGGGAGCCCUACUCUGCCCUUUUCCCCUCCCCCACCCACCUCUGCCUCUCACACAUCAUACAUCAUCGGGUACCCAGCCUGGGAGGUGCUGCCUGAGAUUUUUGCCUCCUGGAGGAGAAUGUGGCCUCAAGGGGCCAUCUUUGUGGCCCUGCCCCUCCUGGGGCCCAUCGUGGUCUGGCUCCUCGCCCCGCAUAGGAUGUCUGGUUGGUGUGACCACCUGAGGGAACUGCCCUGGUGCCCACCCUACAAAAUCUUGCUGCUCGUGUGGACAGCCAUCUACUCCAUCAUUGGCUAUGCCUCCUACCUGGUGUGGAAGGACCUCGGAGGGGGCUUUGGGCGGCACCUGACCCUGCCUCUCGGCCUCUAUGCUGUGCAGCUCGCCAUCAGCUGGACUUCCCUGACCCUCUUUUUUGCAGCCUACUCCCCUGGUCUGGCCCUGCUGCACCUGCUGCUGCUCUACGGGCUGGUGGUGACCAUGGCGCUGAUCUGGCACCCCAUCAACAAGCUGGCCGCCUUGCUCCUGCUGCCCUACCUGGCCUGGCUCACUGUCUCUGCUUCCAUCACCUACCGCCUGUGGAGGGACAGUCUUUGUCCAGGGCACCAGCCUCUGCCCAAGGGGGAAAAGAGCGACUGAGGCACCGGGGCGCAGGGAAGGAGGGGGAAGGCCAGGGAGGGGUGGAAGAGACUGCAGGCAGGCUGGGGGGGUGGGGGAUGUGGGGAGUGGGAGGUGGCCAGGCAUUGAGGAGUCCCUGAAGGUAAUUCACCCCAAUGUGGCCGCUGUCCUGGCUCCCUUGGUGCCAGUUUUUAUUAGAAUUGAGAGACAUGGGAAAAAGGAAAGAAACUUAUUUUAUACUUAAUAUAAGUUAAUAAAUCUUAUAUUAAUAAAUAUUAAUUUAGUAAUAUCAAUUAAUAAAACCCUGAGACUAACUUUGGGGAUAUGAUAUGAAGGACAUGUUUGAGCGAAUGAUGUCUAGGGCCACAGAGUGGAAUAGAAGUGUGUGCAUGUGUGUAAGUGUGCACAUGUGAAGGAAUGUAUGAAUGUAUGUAUGAGGAGGGUGACAUGCCAUCUCUACUUCACUCCCGUGCCCUCCCAAAUCUGGCCCCAAAAUGUAGACUUUGGUUUUUAAUGACCUGAAAAACAAAAUCUUUUUGAAAAGUUGAAUAAAAGCAAAACAGAAAAGUAAAAAAGAA